UUUUAAGCGCAAUAGAGUUACAAUUUCUAGCUGGUUUGUGUGCUCACAGAUGUCGCGAGAGUUACAAUGAGAGUUUGUCCAUUCACUUCCGGGUACAUUUUUUGGCGCCAGAGAAGACGUCAUGCAUGAGCAGCUGCUCCACAGGAGGGGGUUUAAAAUCCAACAAGUCACACCCUAAUAUAAUAUGCGGCUCUAUUAAUGUUGUUAUUCUUGAAGACAAAGUAAUUUGUCAUAUUAAAUGACAUUCUGUCUGAUAUUGUGUCCGUCACAUGCAGACUAAAGGCGGUAUAAACCACUAAUUUUAGCGUUAGAAUCAAUUAAAGCUGUUUAAAAUAAACGUAUACCUUCAUCUGAUCGGGUGAUUGAGCCGCGUCGGCCUCUCCGGUGGUCCCGCUGGGAGAGGAAGCCCCGCUCAGUGAGCCCGGACUCAGUGUCACGUUGUGGGCGUUCUCCCCCCACUUCCACGGGUAGACCAUGAAGUCGCUGAACCCCGGGCUGGUGGGAGUCAUGGCCUCGGCCUUCGUGGGCUUGAUCGGAGUGGUCUUGAUGACGGACACCAGAACCCUCUUGGUUUAAGAUGCUGCCGGACGCCUACGGCUGCGUGGUGGCCAACAGGUUCGGGAAUCUUCCAGACGACGAUUCCGACCCGCUGGACCUGAUAAGCGAGGUGGAAAGUGAAAAGGAGAAACAGAAACAGAAGAAGAAGGAAGAGAACGAGAAGAAGGGCAAACAGAAAAAACCUGGCCAGAAGGAAUCACAGAGGGACAGGCGUGUUCCUAUAGCAACUACUACUGCAACAAUGGCCCUUCCAGAUGUUGAUGCAGUCCGCAAGCAGCCACCCCGUGCUGGAGACGAGCGAGUGGAAACCAAGAGAGGCUCAAAGACUGCUGCCUUCGGAGAACGUAGGGCCAACCUAGGGCCAUUCAUGUACCCUCAGGAGUUCUCUGUCCCCAAGCCUUUCAACGAUCAGGAUGCAGAGCCCAGGAGCCGAGGGGGUGGCAGGGGUAGGAGAGGAGGAAGCAGAGGGUAUAUUAGGAGCCUGGAUACCUUUGCGCUGAGAGGCAAAAGAGAAUAUGACAGACACAAUGGAACUGGUAUCUCCCCUGAUGAGAAGAGAGGCGGCAGAGGUCCCUGGAACUGGGGAUGUGUGGAAGAACCAACAAGCGAGUUAAUGGAGGUGAUACCUGAUGCUCAUGUCCAAGCCGAGGAGGCUCAAGCUGUAGCAGAAGACAAUCAGAACAUUGCAGCAGUCGAGGAGGAAGGUGAUGUGGUGGUUCAGGUUGCCAUGGAGAUGACCCUGGAUGAAUGGAAGGCUCUGCAGGAGGUCAGUCGUCCAAAGGCAGAUUUCAAUAUCCGCAAGGCUGGGAACCCCAUUCCAUCGAAGGCCAAGGUCAUCCACCAGUCCAAACACGUGGAACACCUCAGGGAGAAUCUGGCGGAAAUGGAGGAGGAUGGUAAUUUCUUCCGCCGCUCUGUGAAUGACAUCACCUCCCUCCUGGACAUCAACUUUGGUAGUCUGGGACGCCGGGGGAGGGGCAGGGCAACCCGUGGUGCGGGUCCACCUGGCCACCCAGAAAGAGCCAAACUCAUACUGGAGAAGGUAAGCGACAUGGCACCUGACCCAGACAACCCAGAAGACUUCCCAGCACUAUCAGCAGGCAACUGAGUUCAUGCUCCAUGUGACUGAUGUGGGGGCGGGGAAAUGGUUGCACUUCAAAUACUUAGUUUUCAUGGUUCUGCUGUUUUUAAAGGGGUAGUUUCCCUUUUUUGACAUUAAGUUGUAUGACAUCCCCAUCAGCAGUGUUGUGCAGCAACAGUGACUUACACCCCCCCCCCCCCCACUUCUUCCUGUGAGCCAAGUUCUGGUUGGAUUUCGGUGAUGGGGAACGUAGUUCUGGUUAGUUGGUGGGGCCACUUAAGAGUUUGGUGUGCCAAAACAAUAUGCGUUCAAAAGAGUAAUACAUUUGCGUCACAAAACUCCUCGAAAAAAAAAGACCUCACAAUUGCUCUGCGGUACUUUCUCUCCCGUCCUAUCGCUGCACGUCCAUUGUGUUCCACAGCAGCUGAAGACUGCGACGCAUCACAUCUGUGCACAAACACUGGAAAACAUGCACAACAAUGCAUGUGCCGUGAUACGAGGGGAGACAAAGUAACCACGCGCAAUUGCGAGGUCUGUCUUUUUUUUUUUUUUUUUAAGGCAUUUGUGAUGCAAAUGUAUUACUCUUUUGAAUGCAUAUUGUUUUCAGAACCAAUAUUAACUGGGCUCACGAGACGAAGUGGGGAGUAAGUCACUGAUGCACUACACUGCUGAUGGGGAUGUCCUACAACUUCAUGUUUAAAAAAAAAAAAAAAAAUCUGUACUAUCCCUUUAAGGUUUGGUGUUUUAUCCUGCUGGAUUUUUGUUCUCAUUCAGCUAUGGCACUGAGCUUUGACUACCUGGGAAAUAAAGAAGUUUGCAAAUGUGUCCCUGUUAUGAAC